AUGGCCGACCUCGUUCAUAUAGCUGCCUAUGUGGUUGCAGCGUUUCUGGCCUCCAUUAUCCUCAAUAUUGUUCAACAGUUGUUUUUCUACAACAAAAAUGAGCCUCCUGUUGUCUUUCACUGGGUGCCGUUCGUUGGAAGCACCAUCUCCUAUGGCAUGGAACCAUACACCUUCUUCACAGCUUGUAGGAACAAAUACGGUGACAUCUUCACCUUCAUCCUGCUAGGCCGGAAAACCACGGUGUACCUUGGCCUCGACGGCAAUGAAUUUAUCCUCAACGGAAAACUGAAGGACGUCAAUGCCGAGGAGGUUUAUGGUCCACUCACUACACCAGUCUUUGGCUCCGAUGUCGUUUACGACUGUCCGAACUGGAAGCUCAUGGAGCAAAAGAAGUUCGUGAAGUUUGGCCUGACCCAAAAAGCUCUCGAGUCGCAUGUGCAGUUGAUUGGGAAGGAGGUUCUCGACUACAUCAAGACCUCCCCCAGAUUCAAGGGUGUCUCGGGAACCAUCGACAUCGCCGCUGCUAUGAGCGAGAUCACCAUAUUCACAGCAGCUCGCGCACUGCAGGGAGAAGAGGUACGCCAGAAGCUCACAGCCGAGUUCGCCGAAUUAUACCACGACCUAGAUAAAGGAUUCAGUCCCAUCAACUUCAUGCUUCCCUGGGCACCACUACCACACAACCGGAAGAGGGAUAUAGCCCGCGACACGAUGAAGACUAUCUAUAUGGACAUUAUCAACAACCGCCGUAAGAAUGGAGCAGAAAAGGGCUCCGAUAUGAUCUGGAAUCUCAUGGGAUGCGUAUACAAAGACGGGACACCCAUACCAGACAAUGAGAUAGCACACAUGAUGAUAUGCCUCCUAAUGGCAGGCCAGCACACGUCUUCCGCAUCCAGCUCCUGGAUCAUGCUCCGUUUAGCAUCUCAGCCCAAGAUCGCAGAAGAGCUCUACCAAGAACAAGUGCGGAGCCUAGGAGGUGGCAACAACAACAACCUCCAACCCCUCCAAUAUUCCGACGUGGCCAAACUCCCUCUUCUUCAAAACACCGUCAAGGAGACAUUGCGUCUUCAUGGCUCCAUCCACUCCCUCAUGCGCAAAGUCAAGAACCCGCUUCCAAUCCCGGGCACAUCGUAUAUCAUCCCCACCAACCACACCCUCCUCGCCUCACCGGGCGUAACCGCACUCAGCGACCAAUUCUUCCCCGACGCGCACACCUGGAACCCACACCGCUGGGACGACAGGACCGAAGAAGAAGAAGAUGGGGAUAUGGUUGAUUACGGAUACGGCAGCGUCAACAAGGGCACACGAAGCCCCUAUCUCCCAUUCGGAGCGGGUCGACAUCGCUGUAUUGGCGAAAAGUUCGCCUAUGUGAAUCUAGGCGUUAUUAUCUCGACUUUGGUCCGUAACUUCAAGUUCGAGAACUUGGAGGGGAAGAAAGGUGUUCCGGACACGGACUUCACAUCCCUGUUCUCUCGGCCUAUGUUGGGUUCAUAUAUUCGGUGGGAACGACGGUUUCCUGAGGGUGCGUGA